AUUAUUUGGUCGUGUCACCAGGAGCCACCUCUCCGAUGAUGAAUCCUGAAUAUGACUACUUGUUCAAACUUCUUCUGAUCGGUGACUCUGGAGUCGGAAAGUCGUGUCUGCUGCUGCGCUUUGCGGAUGACACCUACACUGAGAGCUACAUCUCCACCAUCGGAGUGGACUUCAAGAUCAGGACCAUCGACAUGGACGGGAAAACAGUGAAACUACAGAUUUGGGACACGGCAGGUCAGGAGAGGUUUCGAACCAUCACCUCCAGCUACUACAGGGGAGCUCACGGCAUUAUCAUCGUCUACGACGUCACUGAGCAGGAGUCCUUUAACAACGUCAAGCAGUGGCUGGAUGAGAUCGAUCGCUACGCCUGUGAGAACGUCUCCAGGCUGCUCGUGGGAAACAAGUCGGACCUGGUUAGUAAGAAGGUGGUGGAGCUCUCUACCGCGCAGGACCUGGCCUCCUCUCUGAAGGUCCCCCUCCUGGAGACCAGUGCUAAGAGCUCUGAUAAUGUGGAGAGGGCUUUCCUCACCAUGGCCUCGGAGAUCCACAAGCGCGUGGCCACUGAGGGGGCGGGGAUGCAGGGCGAGUCCAGAGAGGCCAGGGCCCAGAGUGCCAAGAUCAGCAGCGCCCCCGUGUGGCUGGGGGGGGAGAAGCAGGCGCCGGAGGCCAGUACCUGCUGCUGAGCAGGAAGACAGGGGAGAGAGACAUGUCAAUCUAACACAUGUUCAGCCUCAGGACUAUGGACACACACCUUGUCAGAAUGUUGACAGCUUUGCUAUCAAAUAAAUACAACCUAUUUAUAUAUAAAAAUAUGACUUUUCAGGAAGGAAAACUUGUCCAUUGUAUAUUUCAGUGAAAUAUACAAUGGCUUUUUUGGUUUAUUAUGAGCCGAUGACGGAACACAGAAAGAUUAGAAACUCAGACACAGUGUAGGUUUGGCAGGAGUUUUAUAAAUACAACUAUAUAUCAUAUUACAAUUUUUCUUAAGAUAAAAGUAAAAACCUGAUAUCAGCAGUUUGUGCUGCUGUUAUGAAUUGUUUGAUUUGCAAAGUCAGUUUCCAUCAUCUCCCUCCCAAAUGAUGUGGUGUAUUUACCAGUUUGUGUUGUGUUUG